UCUGUCUCCUUGUUUUCUGUGAUGGAUCACAGGUUGUCGUGGUUGCUAUCCACUGUUGAUUCUUGAUACAAUGCUGCCAGGUAGAUCCUGUGACACAUUUCCUCAUUCAUGGGAUGGAUUAGGGUGUCUAGCUGGGGAAUAAAUACAGCCACUGGGAAUGGUCACUCUCAGAGUGAAUUCCUCCAUCUCGCUCACUUACCAGUGCAUAGCCAAACACAGCUGCUCAACAUGAAGCUGGUCGUGGUCCUCAUGCUGGCUGCCCUCCCUCUUUACUGCUAUGCAGGUUCUGGCUGCCAAUUGCUGGAAGAUAUUGUGGCAAAGACCCUUGAUUCCUCUGUGUCUACAGAUGACUACAGAGAAGUUCUGAAAGAUUACAUCAAUACUCAACUGGACGAACUAGCUGUAAAUGAACUCAAAGAGUGUUUUCUCAGCCAGUCCGAUGAGACUCUGGCCAAUACUGGGGUGAUGAUGGAAUCCAUUUACAAUAGUGGCUGGUGUAAGCUAUUUUAAUUUCCUGCAAGAUCGCUGACCCAGAGAACAGCACACUGUGAUUGGAAAAUGCUGAUGCUAUGACUUAUGCUUGUGAUUUCUUCUCCCAUUAUGCCUGUUCACCUAGAAACUGCAAGACAAUUGUUGAAACCUCAAGUGCAUUUUGAUUUCAAUAAACUGCAGAAAGCUUA